UGUAAUAAAACAUUAACCGAAGGAUAAUAAUAUAAAUAAAUAUUAUCACAUAUUUAUUCCGCCUUCUUGUGUCGACAGUACCUCCUCAAAACCCUAAACCUUCUCAGUCGACGAAGCUGCAAUCGCUCUCUGUUCUCCUCUACGAACAUGGCUACGGUACCAGUUAACCCAAAACCUUUCUUGAACAACUUGACUGGGAAGGCUGUGAUUGUGAAACUCAAGUGGGGAAUGGAGUACAAAGGCUAUCUUGUCUCUGUUGACUCAUACAUGAACUUGCAGCUGUCAAACUCUGAAGAAUACAUUGAUGGUCAGUUCACUGGAAACCUUGGAGAGAUUCUGAUCAGAUGUAACAAUGUUCUCUAUUUACGAGGUGUACCAGAGGAUGAAGAGAUAGAGGAUGCAGAUCGUGAUUAGCAUUCGCGCAUUUAGUUCUAUCCGUUUUACAUUCAACGUCUUAUGUUUUUGUAUGUAGUUGUUAAGAUCCAAAAUGACACUCAAUUUAGAAAGCCUGAACUUUUGAUUGGUGCAAGUUUAAUUGGGUGGAUGUGCAUUUUUUUCUGACUUCUGUUGGUAUGAAUGUAUCAGACAAUGUUGAAUGUUGGUUUCUUUUUCUUUUUUCUCU